CAAUAACAGUAGUUGUGUUAGAGUGAGGUUUGCUUUUUUCAGACAACCUUUCAGAUAGUUAGGAUGCAUUUUUACUUGCUGCUAAGUUUAUGCACGAUACAUUUGCUUGCUGGUUUCAGCAUAACUGUGAAUGCCUCCUGGAGGUCUUCGACAGCGACUAACAGCAGUUGGAACUCACUAAGAGGAACCAGAUCUGUGCGUAAACCAGCACCUAUCAACUGUCGACUUGGUCCCUGGUCGUCAUGGACAUCAUGCAACCAGUGUACAGACAAAAAGUUCCGUUUCAGACACUUGGAGAGGCCAUCCCAGUUCGGUGGUGACGAGUGUGUUGACAUGCUGUGGGAGAGACUCGUAUGUCCACAGGCGACAAGCCAGUGUCUUGUAAAUGACUACUGUGAUGAAAGUUUCACCUGCAUAGAAACAGGACGCUGCAUCAGCCAGUCCCUUCGCUGUAACGGAGAAUCAGACUGCUAUGAUUUUACUGAUGAAGAUGAAUGUCAGGAUAUAAAUCUAAGAAAAGAUAAAUGUGCCACUAUCAUGCCGAUUCCGGGUGUUGAACGUGGCACACAAGGCUACAACAUCCUGACUGGGGACUUUGUGGAUCAAGUCUUUGACCCGACGUACUUUGGAGGACAGUGUGAAUACGUCUAUAACGGUGAAUGGAGAAAAUUCACUUACGAUGCCUUCUGUGAGAGCCUGCACUACAACGAGGACGAGAAGAACUACAGGAAGCCUUACAACUACCAUGCCUACAGAUUUGUGGCUGAAGCGACAUCAGAAGGCUCCCACGAAUAUUUUGAGGACAUGCAAAGCCUCCUAAAAGCGAGGAAGACUUUGUCUUCCUUUAAUGCUGGCGUCACGGUUGGAGUCUAUUAUGUGGAAGCUGGAGUGAAAGGCAGCCAAGAGACCGAGUUUCUCACUAACAUCACAAAGCAUAACAGCAAGGAGCUGGGGUUCAUCAGAGUUUGGGCCAAAGUGCAAACAGCCCUUUUCAAGAUGCGUUCCAACCAGCUGAUGCUUCACGAGGACCUGUACGUCUCGCUUAUGGAGCUCCCUGAACGUUAUGACUUUGGGAUGUACGCCCGAUUUCUGAACACGUUCGGCACACACUACGUUACUGAGGGAACCAUGGGAGGAUCCCUGGAAUACGUUUUUGUCGUCAAUAAAACAGCAAUGGCCCAGUCGAAUGUUGAAUCUAAAAGAGUGGAACAAUGCAUCGGCGCCUCUCUUGGAUUCAGUUAUCCUGUCAGUGACUCUGUCAAGUUGGGGGGAAAGAUCUCUGGACAGGGUUGUGGAGAUACAACAAACCUUUCAACAAAGGAGGGUGGCAGUUCAUCGGUGAUUGAGGACGUCGUCACUUUUGUAAAGGGGGGAAUCACGCAGACCAGUGCUGGCGUGCUCAUCAUCAGAGAUGCUGACACGUACAAAAAGUGGGGAACUUCUCUGAAGUACAACCCGGCACUGAUUGACUACGAGACCAUGCCAAUCUACGAGGCUGUGCGCCUCAGCACGGCUGCUGACCACGCCGGACCGAGAGUAGCCAACUUGCAGAGGGCCUUUGACGAGUAUCUGCAGCAGUUUGACGCGUGUCGCUGCGCCCCCUGCAAACACAACGGAGUCCCUGUGCUUUCAGGCACCUCCUGCAGCUGCCUUUGCAAGUCGGGCUACCAGGGACUGUCCUGCGAGGAGACACUCAGAGGAGACACCAGGACAGAUGGCUCAUGGUCCUGCUGGGGGUCGUGGUCUUCCUGUUCAUCAGGGAGGAAAUCAAGGACGAGAACCUGCAACAAUCCUGCACCCGAAGGCGGCGGAGCAGCCUGCCUGGGCUCAUCCAGCCAGACUCAGAGCUGCUGAACGAAAUUCCUCAAUGUGAGCUUAAAUGAUUAAAAAUUUAAAUAGAAAAUCGUGUUUUUUUUUUUAAUUUUAUUUGAAAGCUGGGAAUAAAAAUGUGCUGAAAUUGU